GCCCAGAGCUAUCCUGUGGCAUCUCAGCAUGGCUCGUGCACUGGGAGUACCAGUUGCACUGGGGUUGUUGGGCCUGUGCUGGUCUCUGACCUUUGCCCACCCUCUUCCUCCGGAUGGUACCCCUGGGAACGGAGCUGAAGGUGGGAGUGGGGCCAGAAUGAACCCAGAUGUGGCAGAACCCUGUUCGGAUGGCUGGAGCUUUGAUGCUACCACCCUGGAUGAACAUGGGGCCAUGCUCUUUUUUAAAGGGGAGUUCGUGUGGAAGAGUCACAAAUGGGUCCGGGAGUUAAUCUCAGAGAGGUGGAAGAAUUUCACCAGCCCUGUGGAUGCUGCAUUCCGCCGUGGUCACAACAGUGUCUUCCUGAUCAAGGGGGACAAAGUCUGGGUGUACCCUCCGGAGAAGAAAGAGAAAGGAUAUCCUAAGUUGCUCCAAGAAGAGUUUCCUGGAAUUCCAUCCCCAGUGGAUGCAGCUGUGGAAUGUCAUCGUGGGGAAUGCCAAGAUGAGGGUGUCCUCUUCUUCCAAGGUAACCACACAUGGUUCUGGGACUUGACUACGGGAGCCACAAAGGAGCGUUCCUGGCCGGCUGUUGGGAACUGCUCCUCUGCCCUGCGAUGGCUCAGCCGCUACUACUGCUUCCGGGGUAACCAAUUCCUGCGCUUCAACCCUGUCACGGGAGAGGUGCUUCCAAAGUACCCUCUGGAUGUUCGAGACUACUUCAUACCCUGCCCUGGCAGAGGCCAUGGACACAGGAAUGGGACAGGCCAUGGGAAUGGUACCCACCCUGGCCAUAGGGAUGUGCGCUGUGGCCCAGAUCUAGUCUUAUCUGCACUGCUGACUGACAACCAUGGUGCCACGUAUGCCUUUAGUGGGUCCCACUACUGGCGUCUGGACACCAGCCGGGAUGGGUGGCACAGCUGGCCCAUUGUCCAUCAGUGGCCCCAUGGUCCUUCAACAGUGGAUGCUGCCUUUUCCUGGGAUGAUAAACUUUACCUGAUCCAGGGCACUCAGAUAUAUAUCUUCUUGACUAAAGGAGGCUAUAUUCUAGUAGAUGGUUAUCCAAAGAGGCUGGAGAAGGAAUUUGGGAGCCCUCAUGGGAUCAACCUUGAGGCUGUAGAUGCAGCCUUUACUUGUCCUGGGUCUUCUCGGCUCCACAUUAUGGCAGGACGGAAGCUGUGGUGGCUGGACCUGGAGUUAGGAGCCCAAGCCACAUGGACGGAGCUUCCUUGGCCCCAUGAGAAGGUUGAUGGGGCCCUGUGUGUGGAAAAGUCCCUUGGCCCCAACUCAUGUUCUGCCAACGGCCCUGGCUUGUACCUCAUCCAUGGCCCCAAUUUGUACUGCUACAGUGAUGUGGAGAAACUGAACACAGCCAAGACCCUACCCCAGCCCCUGAGAGUGGACAGCCUCCUGGGCUGCAGCCAUUGAGAGGAGGGCUCUUGACAUGAGUCUGGCAUAGCCCCUUCUGCCUAUUUUCUUUACAAUAAAGCCAGAGUGCUUCUUUGCUGGA